UGGUGUACCGCCUGCUGGAGCUCGCGCUGUGUCCGGGCGUCCAUUAAACCGAGCCGAGUCCGGGAGAGACGUGUCGUUUUUUUUCUUUUUGUUUGUUUUGUUUUUUAUUUGUGUGAAACCUGAUAAAGUGGCGGAAAUGGAGAGUUCAGCUUCAGCUUCGCACAAGAAACAGAAACUGAGUAACACCAUUGAGAACUGGGGGAUGCAGCGAGCCACUAACGUCACCUACCAGGCUCAUCACGUGAGCCGGAACAAACGUGGACAAGCCGUCGGGACAAGAGGAGGCUUCCGGGGAUGCACCGUGUGGCUCACAGGCCUGUCUGGAGCGGGCAAGACGACGGUGAGCAUGGCUCUAGAGGAGCACCUGGUGUGCCACGGGAUCCCCUGUUACACUCUGGACGGCGACAACAUCAGACAGGGCCUGAACAAAAACCUGGGCUUCAGCCCCGAAGACCGAGAGGAGAACAUCCGGCGCAUAGCCGAGGUGGCCAAGCUGUUCGCCGACGCCGGGCUCGUGUGCAUCGCCAGCUUCAUCUCGCCGUAUAGCAGGGACCGCCUGAACGCAAGAACGAUUCACGAUACAGCAGGCCUCCCGUUCUUUGAAGUUUUUGUGGAUGCACCGCUGGAUGUGUGCGAGCAAAGAGACGUGAAGGGCCUUUACAAGAGAGCCAGAGCUGGAGAGAUCAGAGGAUUCACAGGAAUCGACUCGGAGUACGAGAAGCCCGAGGCUCCGGAGCUGGUGCUGAAGACCGACUCGUGCAACGUGAACGAGUGUAUCCAGCAGCUGCUUGAUCUUCUGCAGGAGAGAGACAUCGUACCUGUGGACGCCACCUAUGAGGUGAAGGAGCUCUAUGUGCCCGAGAACAAGCUGGACUUGGCAAAGGCUGAUGCAGAGACGCUGCCUACCGUUGAGAUUGGAAAGGUGGACAUGCAGUGGGUCCAGGUGCUGGCCGAGGGCUGGGCCACUCCGCUCAACGGCUUCAUGAGAGAGAGGGAGUACCUCCAGUGCCUGCAUUUUGACUGCCUGCUGGACGGAGGAGUCAUUAACUUGUCCGUCCCGGUGGUCCUGCCCGUCACAGGCGCAGACAAGGAGCGUCUAGACGGCUGCACAGCGAUCGCGCUGGUCUACAACGGGCGGCGCGUUGCCAUCCUGCGCAACCCCGAGUUCUACGAGCACCGAAAGGAGGAGCGCUGUGCCCGCCAGUGGGGCACCACCUGCAAGGACCACCCCUAUAUCAAGAUGGUGAUGGAGAGCGGAGACUGGCUGGUGGGAGGAGAUCUGGAGGCGCUGGACCGAAUCUACUGGAACGACGGCCUGGACGCCUACCGCCUCACUCCCAAUGAACUCAAACAGAAGUUUAAAGAACUGAACGCAGAUGCCGUAUUCGCGUUCCAGCUGAGGAACCCGGUCCAUAACGGACACGCGCUGCUGAUGCAGGACACGCGCAGACGCCUGAUGGAACGCGGCUACCGCCGUCCCGUGCUGCUCCUGCACCCGCUCGGCGGCUGGACCAAAGACGACGACGUGCCCCUGCAGUGGCGCAUGAAGCAGCACGCCGCCGUGCUCGAGGACGGCCUACUCGACCCCGCCUCCACCGUGGUGGCCAUCUUCCCCUCGCCCAUGAUGUAUGCCGGACCCACCGAGGUGCAGUGGCACUGCAGAUCCCGAAUGGUAGCCGGUGCCAACUUCUAUAUCGUAGGUCGUGACCCUGCUGGCAUGCCCCACCCAGACACGGGCAAGGACCUGUACGACCCCACCCACGGCGCCAAGGUCCUCACGAUGGCACCCGGGCUCAUCUCUUUGGAAAUUGUGCCCUUCAGAGUGGCAGCCUACAACAAAGUCAAGAAGGCCAUGGACUUUUACGAUCCCAAAGACCACCAGGAUUACGACUUCAUUUCGGGCACGCGCAUGAGGAGGAUGGCACGGGAGGGCGAGAACCCGCCGGACGGCUUCAUGUCCCCUAAAGCCUGGACUGUCCUCAAAGAGUAUUAUAAAUCCCUGGAGAAGGCGUAAGUCAGCACCUGGCAGCAGAGACGAGGGCCGACGGUGGUUCUGUUACAGUCUGAAGAAGGAAAAAGAAGCCGGUAACCCGCGGGGGAACCACUCGACCCCGUCCAGCUUUAGAUAUGGAAGUGGUGUACUGAAUAUUAUUAUUAUUAUUUUUUUUUUUUGCUCAUAAAACACAUUUCUGGUUCUAUAUGUUACUGUUCUUCUUUUAUUUUUUACCGUUCUUAGAUGAAUUGUAUGUUGUUGUUGUUUUUUUUUUGUUUUUUUUUUGCCUAAUUUAUUAACUCCAUGAAAAAAUUGUCACAUUUUUAAAAGAGUUUUAAAUGGUUUCAUGUGAAGGGUUUCAUCAAAUUUUGGGGGAAAUAAUGCAUUAAGUUAACAUUAAACUGUUAAACGGUUACAAGUAUUGUUUAUCAAAGUGCAAAUGUUGUGCUGCAAAUCAUACGGCUCAUCCAUAAUUUAAUAUCGUCAUAAAACACACGUUAACAGGUUUAUUAGUUCCAUUCGAGUAACAGAUUUUUUCUCUCAGCUGGUCAAGAUGUAAGAACGAUACGAUAUGAUCUUGGAUUAAUCGUCUUCUAGUGAUGUAAUACUCUUUAUCUGAGAUAGGGACGCAUCGAUACCACAGUGUAGACCCCCAGAGAGCAAGCGUCUCGGUGCGUCCCUCCUCUGCGUCCUCACACUCCAGAUCAGUGAUGCUGUUUAAACACCAUGAGAUCAUGAGUUUGUCGAGCUGUUUCUAUUUGCGUUGGAAGUUUUUGCAGCUUGUUUCGCUUCACUUGCCGUAAUCAGUCCCAAAGUACUUCCUGUCCUCUGCUCGUUAGCGUGACCUCAUACACUAAGAUCAGGCCAUGUAGCACUGCAGCGCUGUACAAGAAGACGAGAAUGGCAUCGGUGAUGGCGUGUCCUCAAUCAAACGCAUCAGGUCAAAAAACGGUUUCCUUAACAUUUUAAAAUGUCAAAAUGUUUAAAGCUUUUUCUGUUUUUCUUCCACACCAAGGAGCUUCACGCUUGGGUGUUUUUAUCCCAACAAAGGCAAAACUUAAACCUACAGCUUACAGACAUGCUAUACAAUUGUUUGCUUAUUAAGUUUUAGCUACAAUUUGGAAAAUUAUUUAAAAUAUCUUUUAAACAUUUUGAAAAAACAAAAAUAUUGUGUUUCUCCAGAUUUAAAACAGUCAGGAUAGUCAAACUACUGAUUACUGAUUGUAGUGAUGUAAAAUUAAUCAUUUGCACACACACACACACACAUACACUUAUACACUCAUGCACACACGCGCACACACACACAUUGUCCAAUGUUUUAACUGAGAUUAAUGGUUUCUAUAAACGUUUUAUUGUUACUGUUUUAGCCUAUAUAUUUUUUUGUCUUUUUUUUUUUUCCUGAAUCGAUCCGGUAUGUACGUGACAUAAUCAUUACUUUAUAACCUGUUGAUUUUAACAUUUCUUACUUUUUUCAGCAUUGUCUUUUGUUACUAUACAGUAUCAUCUCUAAUAAAGCAUUCCAAGCCA